AUGUUGACAAACAAUGAUGGCUCUCCUUCCCCAAAUGUACGCACGGGCAAUGGAAGACAAGACGGAGCUCAUCCCCAAACAAAUAACAACGAAGACGUGAGUCGAUCUCUAGAUUCAUGGCUACCAAUCACAGCCUCCCGCAAGGCCAAAUGGUGGUACUCCGCCUUCCACAACGUCACCGCCAUGGUCGGCGCCGGCGUCCUCGGCCUCCCCCUCGUCCUCGCCCGCCUCGGAUGGUACCCUGGAGUUCUGGCGAUACUGAUAUCGUGGCUACUGACAUGGUACACGCUGUGGCUGCUGGUUCAGCUCCACGAAUCGGCCGAACCGGGGAAGCGGUUCGACCGGUUCAAUGAAUUAGGGCAGCACGCGUUCGGGGAGCGGCUCGGGAACUGGGCCAUCAUCCCCCAGCAGCUGGUGGUUCAGGUCGGCUCCAACAUCGUCUACAUGGUCACCGGCGGCAAGUCCCUCCAGAAAUGCUUCGUCUUCCUCGAAUCCCACUCCGCCAACAUUCGCAAGACUUAUUACAUCCUCUUCUUCGCCGUCCUCCAGCUCAUCCUCUCCCAAGUCCCCAAUUUCAACUCCCUCAAAUUCAUCUCCUUGCUCGCCGCCGUCAUGUCCAUCGGUUACUCGAUGGUGGCGACGGGGGCCUCGUCGGCGGUGGGGAUAUCGAACCAUCUCCACAACAGGCCGGUAAACUACGGGUUUAAGGCGCAGACGACGGCGGCGAUGGUUAUGGAUAUUUUCAGCAGCUUAGGGUUGCUAGCCUUUGCGUUCGCCGGUCACAGUGUAGCCCUGGAAAUUCAGGCGACAAUUCCGUCGACGCCGGAGAAUCCAUCGAAGAACCCGAUGUGGAAGGGCGUCGUCGUAGCCUACAUCAUCGUCGGCCUCUGCUACUUCCCCGUCGCAAUCUCCGGCUACUUGGCUUUCGGCAGCGACGUCGAGGACGACGUUCUGAUGUCUCUGGAGCAUCCAGGAUGGCUGAUCAGCCUCGCCAAUUUCAUGGUCUUCGUCCACGUCCUCGGCAGUUACCAGGUCUUCGCCAUGCCUGUUUUCGACAAGAUCGAGUGCCUCCUCGUCAAGACCUUCCAUUACACCCCCGGCCGGCGCCUCCGCGUCGUCGCCCGCAGCAUUUACGUCGCUCUGACUGGAUUCGUGGGAAUGCUUCUUCCAUUCUUUGGGGGAUUAUUAGGGUUUUUUGGGGGUUUGGCAUUCACAAUUACAUCUUACAUUAUUCCGAGUGUCAUCUGGCUGACACUGAAACGACCUAAACCAUGGAGCUUCCAUUGGACCGUAUGCUGGUUUUCAAUUGUACUUGGCACAGGAGUUACAUGUGUAGCACCAAUUGGAGGGAUACAUGAGAUUGUGAUGCAGUGGAAGAGUUUUACAAUUUUUUCUUAG